AUGAGCCAACAACAAGGUUACUACCAACAAGGACCCCCACAGCAAGGUUAUUAUCAACAAGGUCCACCACAACAAGGUUAUUAUCAACAAGGUCCACCGCAACAGGGUUAUCCUCAGCAGCAACCAGUCUAUGUCCAACAAGGUCAACCAAAGGAGGAAAGCUGCUUGGACAGUUGUUUAAAAUGUUUGUGUUGUUGUUUCUUAUUAGAAUUGGUAUGCGAUAACUGA